AUGUUGCUUCCUACCCACAGAAUGAAUUUUACGCAGCGGCCCUUGCACGGCGCCAUGUGUCUUUUAUUGGCAAUUUGUUUGAUUUGGGUCACAGUCAUGUCGUACCUCACUUUUGCUAACCAAGGGCCCAACAGCGCCCCGGGAAACAAAUUGCAACGAGUCGCCAAAGUAUCCAUGCUCUAUGGAGGCACAAAUGACAUGUAUGAGAGAGCAUUGCGCAGCCAUGAGCGCCAUGGAGAAAGAUGGGGCUAUCCGAUGCACGUUUUACGACAGGAUAUCACAGCCGGGUUCUGGAACAAACCAUGCUAUCUUCUUUCCUUGGUAAUCAAUGAGUUGGCCCAACCAGUGGAAAAGAGGCUGGAGUGGUUCAUGUGGGUGGAUGCAGACUCGAUCAUUCUAAACAACGAAAUUCCCAUGGAAAUCUUUCUUCCGCCACCUGACCUUCAAGGCAUCCACCUGAUAGCAACUCAGGACCACAACGGCCUCAAUACGGGGAUAAUGUUCUUGCAUGUCCACCCAUGGACUAUCAACCUCCUAACCGAGACAAUGGCAUACCCUUUAUAUCUUCCAGGCAUUGACCUCGGGCGAUCUGCUGACCAGGAAGGCAUGAAGCGUGUGCUCAACAAGACCACCGGAGGACCAAAUGGCCGGGGUUACGCUGAUGGGGUGGUUUAUCUACCAAGACCGUGGAUCAACGCAUAUGAGUGGGACUGGGCAUAUGAAGGGCGGAGGGGGGAUUUGCUUGUACAUUUUCCCGGACUGGAAGAACGACGGUGGCCGCACAUGGCCAAGUGGCUGGACAUAGUUGAGAUGACGCCUCACGAGUGGGACCUACCAUUGGAGGAGACUGGUUAUCCUGACCGGACCGUCACUUACUGGUCACUAUUCCGGAGUGCGAGGAACAGCAUCGAGUCAGUGGAGAAGAAAAUACACGCCGGGGAAUCUAUGCCUGCGCGCACUGUGGAGGCGGUUGAAAUCCUCAGGAAGGUGCUGAGGGAAAAGUCAGACAACAUGGACUUAAUCCGAAAGGGUCUCAAUACUCUGGGUGCAUUGGUCGGAAAGAACUAG